UCUUUUAUAUAAGUAGCACUUAACAUGGUUACCUUAAAAUAGAAUCUAAUCUUAAUCACACAUUAAACAAAAACAUAAUGUCAUCAGCAACGGUAGCACCUUCUUCAAUUCUAGAACCAGAGCAGCAGCAACAAGCAGAAUCUAGUGGAAGUGCAUGGCAUUCAUCUGGAUCUGUAGCUCCAUUCUUUGUUGUGAUCUCAGUGCUUGCCAUUCUGGCCGUGAUUUCUUGCUAUUUGGGCCGGAGAUUGAACGGAAGGGCGCCGACGCCUUUGGAGAGCAUCACCGGCAGGGGAUGCUUUGGGUGGGUGAAGAGGAUGUGUCAACGGUGCAGUGGAAGCAAUGAGGCUGAAGUUGGUGGUGUUGGAGCUAAGGUUAUGGCUUGUAAUGUCAUUGAUGAGUGUAAUAAUAAUAAGGUCAAAGUCAACGGUGAGGUUGUUCAUCACAAUCUUACCCCUGUUUGAUAUUAUUUAUUUAUAUCUCAAUCUAUGUAUGUGUUGAUUUGUAUAUAAUUUAUUAUUAAUAACAUAUGAGUCAACACAAUAUUCAA